AUGGCCACGCUGCCGCCCAAGUUUUUGGUGCUGUCGGCCGGCAAUGUCGAUGUCGAUGUUGAUGAAACUGAGGCACAUGCCAAGGGCAUGUGCGAGGUCGAGAUCGAGGCGGCGGUGGCGAAAAUCGAGAGGCCGUUGAUGAAUCUGCCGCCGCGGAAUCGCGCGAGGAUUCAGAUGGGCUUUGUUGGGGCGCGGUCUGCGUACAAGGAGGGAGGUGCGCAUGAGGAGUGGGAGGUGCGGCAGAAGGGGUGGAGACGGCAGUGGGAUUUCUUUCCCGUCAGCAGCAGCAGCAGCAGCAACAGCAGUAGCUAUGGUGGUGGCGGUGGUGGUGCCGCUUCAUCUGCAUAUGCAUCUACGUCGACUACCACUACGACUACAACUACGCCAACCUCAGCUCCAGCAAAAGCCCCCGACUCCGCCACAUCCACCUCCAACUCCCUCCAAUCACCAACCAAGGUCUACACCUGGAAAGGCUCGCACAGCGUGCUCUCGCACCUCCCGGCCUCCGCAGCAGCGACGCCCAACUGCCACGGCAACCUCAAACUCCUCGCCCCAGACGGCACGCUACUCGCGGCGUGGAAACAGUGCCGCGACCGCAGGAUCUUGGGGAACUUGUAUGUCUUCCGACGACCACCGGAAAAGGAGGCCAGCGAUGUAAUGGGCGGUGGUUGUGCCUUGCCCACGGAUGUCCUUGUCGUGACGUGCCUGUACGUCGUGGUCGUGGAGAGGAUUCUGUGGACGACUUUCUUUGGUGGUUGA